UUAGCCCUAACCCUCUGCUCUGCUGCAACGCAACGAGUGAAAUAAAGUUUCUUCUCUCUCAGAAAUCUGAAUGAAUAGCAAUUUUUGAAAGGGAAAAGGAACAUGUUUUAUUCGCAGACAUUUUUGGCUCGUAAGGGCCCUCUUGGAACAGUGUGGUGCGCCGCUCAUCUCCAGCACCGCCUCAAGAAGUCUCAUUACACCGCCGCCGAUAUCCCUUCCACCGUUGAUCUCAUAAUGUUCCCAGAAGUUCCCAUUGCACUAAGAAUGUCAGGCCACCUUCUUUUGGGCGUUGUUCGUAUAUACUCUAAGAAAGUUGAUUAUCUUUUCCAUGACUGCAACAUCGUCCUUAUUGGGUUAAGAAAGGUCUUUGCUUCCGUUCAAGUUGAUUUGCCUGAGGAUGCAAGACAGGCACCCUUUCAAGCUAUCACUUUGCCGCAGACCUUUAAUCUGGAUGCCAUGGAAUUGGAUGGUGUUAUGUGUACCGAAGGAUCUUCAGAUAAUCAUCUCAGCAAUCAAGAAGAUAUAACACUUACAGAUCAAAUUCCUAUUGGCGGGGAUCCGUAUGUUGCUAUAACUUUUGAUGAGGAUAUCAUGAGGGAUGCAUCACUUCCGGAUGUGUUCCAAAAGUCUGGGUCCAUACAAAUGAAUGACAAACUUCAUGGUCCUCCAGAGGAUGGUCAUGUGCGUUCUCAAGACCCUGGUCAACACAAUCAGAUAGAAGUGCCUAGUGCAAGUGCUGCUUUUCAGGAUCCAGGUCCAAGUAAUAAGUCACAAGUACUUGAGUCUAUGAGCAAUGACAGUUCUCAAGAUUUUCCAGAAAUUGAAACGAUCCGUGAUGCUCCCCGUGACUUUUACACUGAAAACCUCCCCCCAGUGUUUUCAGAUCACAGAAAUGAUACACCUGAAAUGACCGGUACUUUGGAGGAAGUCCUGAACGAGAAGGAAGCCCAUACUCCAAGUUUGAACAUGUUAGCUUCUGGUGUGCCAUCUAUGCCUUUUCAGCAGCACUCAGAUCCACCAACUUCUGCUGUUUCGAAAGGGCCUCCUGAGGUUUCAUUUGGGUGUGCAUCACCUCAGCUUGUCAUUCAACAAUCUCCACCAGUGCAGCAGCCAAGACAGAGAAGAAUACCAAGGAGGAGGUUCUUUGAUGAGAAACUGGUGUUACCGAAUAGGUUGAUGAAGAGGGCACUUGAAGAUUGUAGCGAUCUAGUACGAAAGAGAAGGAAACUUCCUUCUUCUGCUUUGGGUGUAUGGAAGUUGAAUUGCAGUCAAAGAAUGGGACAGGUUUUUGACGAGCCUUCAUUUACUGGGUCGUGUGCUGAUAUAUGCAUUAUGUUCAACGGGCAGUAUAUCUCUACAAAAUCCCAUUUGGUGGUACCAAAGAAAGUUGUCCCAGAACCUACAUUACUACAGUCUACUGCUCCUACAACUGAUGCUAUCUCGGAGCUGAGGAUUGGGCAAUAUGAUGCCUCUAUCCCAGAUCCAAGAGUUGGAUUUUCUCCCGUUUCAGCUCCUGAAAUUGAAUGUCUUCGACGUAAUGAAAGUAAUGCCACUGACAAUGUUUUUCCUGAAUUUGGGUCUUUCCCAGCUGGAUCCAUGCCUUCUCCGUUUAGAAGAGAUGACUCUCCUUUCUCAACUAACAGUUUACAGUCAGAGUUGGCACCUAAGGCAGGAGCAACUAGCACACCAGAUAUUGCAACAUUUAGUGGAACUCAUGGAUCUGGGAUUGAUACGCCGAUGACAUUAUUGGAGGAGCAAUCACAUCUGGAAAACACUGGGUUUUCAGCUAUUCCUGAAUUUGGGUCUUCUGAAGCAGAUCUUUAUUUUUUGGAAGAAGAUGGCAAUACACCAACAGAAUCCCAAGGAAGCCAAGGGGUGGAUUCCUUAUCUGUGAGAACAAGGGCAGUGGCUAAAUACUUGAAAAAACAGUCCCCUAUAACCCCAAUUUCAGAAGAUCUUCAUAGAGAUCUCAGUUUGAACAAUAUUUUAGAAGGAAAAACAAGAAAAAUAUGUGCUCGAAUGUUCUUUGAGACAUUGGUUUUGAAGAGUUAUGGACUAGUUGAUGUACGACAAGAUGAGGCUUAUGGUGAUAUAACUCUGAAGUUGACUCCUACACUAUCAAAGUGUGGAAUAUGAGGUUAUGUUGGUCAUAUGCAAUGUGCUUGGUAAUAUUUGUUAGUGUACUUCCAUUUCGCUACUUGACCAACUUAGGCUAAGUAUAGGUUGUUUCGCUGAUAGGAAUAGGGGUAAUUGACCUGCGGAGGAGAAAGGAAGAGGUAGAGUAGAGAGCUAUAAACAGUUUUAUAGUUUUUUUGUACAAAAGUGAAAAUCCAGGGAUGUUGUGCAUAGUCAAAAUUGUGAUAGGUUGCUUUAAAGUUUUUUGUAAAAAUCUCAUUCCGACUGCUUGGAGUGGUUUUGGAAUCUAAUCUAAUUUACCCUAACAAGGUGGUUCUAAAUUAUAUACGUAAGUAGCAAACCUUUUUUUA